AUGAGUUAAUUUAGCAUUAUUCGAUAGGGUUAUAAUAUAACUUAAAUACAUAAGGAGGCUAUUUAUGAUGUAUUCUCAAGAAGUUAGAAAUAGAAGGUAUUUGUCAAUUAGGCAGAAUUUAUUCGAAAUCAAUUGAAUCAACUUUUUGGCCCUUAAUGGGUUGUAUUUCUAUGGGAAAUUGGAUUAAAUUAUAAUUAUUCAUAUUUUAACAAGGAGGAAUAUGUUUUCGAAUUUGAAUGUGAGAAUAAAAGAUGUCUAAUUUUGAAAUGGAAUUUUGUUCAAUCAGAUUAUAAACCUUUAGAGUAAAUAAUUUAAUAAUUUAAUUUAAGAGUGAAGUAUUUAAGUAAAAUGAUGUGA